AUGGCUAAAACGAUGGACGAUGCAUUUGUCCCUGAAUGCAAAGAAGAUGGCAGUUACGGCGAUAUGCAAUGCUUUGAGCACGAAGGGUUUGCAAAACAAUGUUGGUGCGUCACCAGCGAUGGUCAGGAGAUCAGAGGAAGCCGCAUGUCAGAUGGACAAACACCGGACUGUGCAAAGAUUGUCGCAGCAGAAGAGAAGAAGGAUGAAAAGGAGAAAGAGAAUCAUCAUGACGAGCCAGUGACAACUAAGGAGGAAACACAAAUGAAUACAACGGAAAAGCUACCGGAUCAAGGCGGGAAAACUUACGAGGUUGAAAUACAGAUGUUUAAAAAUGACACAGAAAAACCAAAAACGCAGUGUCAGAAAGAAAGAGAAAUAUCUCUUUCGCCAUUCAUUACGGACAUCUUUGUACCUGUAUGUGACGAGGACGGAAAGUUUGUUCCACUUCAGUGUUUCGAACACGACGUGUACGGUAAACAGUGUUGGUGUGUAGACUUAUCAGGUCAAGAAAUUCAGGGAACAAGAACGGACAACGGCACCAACCUGGAAUGUGGUACAGUUCAUGCAAACAUCACAACCGUACCAAGCUGUAACCUAGGUCCCUAUGGCUGCUGCCAUGAUAACGAAACAUUUGCCAAAGGACCGGAUAUGGAGGGCUGUCCACCACAGCAAGACCAACACCUUACACCGUUAGCCUCUCCUGUAUCACCACCGGUGCUAAGUCAAUGCCAAAAGGAUCAACAAAAUGCGAAAAACAGUGGAGCAGUAGAUAUAUUUGUCCCUGAAUGCGAGCCAUCGGGUCUAUUCAAAGAAGUACAGUGUUAUAGCUAUCCUGCCAGUGGGAAGACUGACUGCUGGUGUGUGAAUCAAAACACUGGCAGUGAGAUUACUGGAACGAGGGUCACUGGGUUAACGCCAAACUGCAAAGCGAAUGGUACAAGCACACCACCUCAGACAACCCAAACACCACCCUCUACGGCAUCGUCUACUCCCACUACGGCAGCCACUCAGCCUCCAGCUCCAGCUGUAUAUCAUGUAUACUGUCAAGUAACUUUGUAUGGAUGUUGUCCCGACAACCAAACAGCAGCAGCGGGACCCAACCAGCACGGAUGCCCGCCGCCACAACCACAACCGCAACCACAACCGCAACCACAACCGCAACCACAACCGCAACCACAACCGCAACCACAACCGCAACCACAACCACAACCACAACCGCAACCACAACCGCAACCACAACCGCAACCGCAACCGCAACCACAACCGCAACCGCAACCGCAACCGCAACCACGACCGCAGCCGCAGCCGCAACCAAAACCGCAACAAAAACCGAAACCUACGCCCCCACCUCCUACUUACCCUACAGGUUUUGCCAAAGACGUGUGUGGAUCUUUGCUGUUGGGUCAAGUUUGGUAUGAACAACUAACAGAUAAAAGUAACGCGAUGGCUUACCUACGCCAACUUAGCAAAGAGAUCUCACAAGGGAUUGUUGGAGUUUACAAGGGAGUUCACCCGGCCUUUAAAUCUGCACGACUUACUGCAGUAAGGAAAACGAAGAAUCCUUAUAUGAAAAACGGACCGUACAUCAUCAAUCUCUUCUUCGUAAUAUCUUUCACAAAGGCUGUUGCGGAUCCACUUGCAACGCUAAGAGAUCAUCUUGUCUCCAAAAAAGUACUAAACAAGCAUCAGUGCAUUCCUCAGUCAUUGCAUUUGAUAGGUCCUUUUCAUCCAAAGACUAAAUGUCCACCGAAGGGUUACCAACCUCUUCCAGGCCCCAAACCUGUGCACCCUCCGGCAAAGCCACCAGUCCUACAACCUUCUCCUAAACCCCCAGUUGUCAAGCCACCUCCUCCAAAGCCUUCCCCUGCACCUCAGCCGGUGAAACCUCCCGUGGUACCUCAUCCAACCAAGCCAAAUCCUCAGAUGUUCUUGACACCUCCAGUAAGGCAAACAAUGGUAAAAUAA